ACCCUAAGAUGGCACAUCUUCCCUCUCGACGGUGAUAUGCCUCACGCGGACUCCUGGCAGGAUCGGAAAGGCCGAAAAAAUUGCAGCUAGCUGGGUCGAUUGAUGCUUCGAGGGGCAGCAGCGCAGCAAUUUGAAGGAGAGAAAAAGAGGUAGAGAGGGCCGAUAGAAAUACAGAAGAACGGAAAAAGUUAGUGGUGGAAAUGGGCGGUAGCGGCGGCGGAGAAAGGACGCCGGAGGGUUCGGAGGAGCAGCAGAAGCGAUCGGAGAUCUACACGUACGAGGCGCCGUGGCACAUCUACGCGAUGAACUGGAGCGUCCGGCGGGACAAGAAGUACCGGCUCGCCAUAGCGAGCCUCCUGGAGCAGUACCCGAACCGCGUGGAGAUCGUCCAGCUCGACGACUCCACCGGCGAGAUCCGCUGCGACCCGGCCCUCUCCUUCGAGCACCCUUACCCCCCGACCAAGACCAUGUUCGUCCCCGACCGCGAGUGCCUCCGCCCCGACCUCCUCGCCACCUCCGCCGACUUCCUCCGCAUCUGGCGCAUAUCGUCGGAUGACGAAGGCGACGACGAGAACAACAAGAAGAGCAAUUCGUCCUCCAAGUCGUCGUCGUCGCGCGUUGAGCUCCGGUCCCUCCUCAACGGCAACCGCAACUCCGAGUUCUGCGGGCCCCUGACCUCCUUCGACUGGAACGAGGCGGAGCCGCGCCGCGUGGGCACCUCCUCCAUCGACACCACUUGCACCAUCUGGGACAUCGAGCGCGAGGCCGUCGACACCCAGCUCAUUGCCCACGAUAAGGAGGUCUACGACAUCGCCUGGGGCGGCGUCGGCGUCUUCGCCUCCGUCUCCGCCGACGGCUCCGUCCGCGUCUUCGACCUCCGCGACAAGGAGCACUCCACCAUCAUCUACGAGUCGGCCGACCCCCCCGACACCCCGCUCGUCCGCCUUGGCUGGAACAAGCAGGAUCCCCGCUACAUGGCCACCAUCAUCAUGGACUCCGCCAAGGUCGUCGUCCUCGACAUCCGCUUCCCCACCCUCCCCGUCGUCGAGCUCCACCGCCACCAGGCCAGCGUCAACGCCAUCGCCUGGGCCCCCCACAGCUCUUGCCACAUCUGCACUGCCGGGGACGACUCCCAGGCCCUCAUCUGGGACCUCUCCUCCAUGGGCACCACCGGAGGCAGCGCCUCGGGUGGAGGUGGCCAGCAGCCUGCUUCCGCCGCCGACGGCGGCCUCGACCCCAUACUCGCCUACACCGCCGGGGCCGAGAUCGAGCAGCUGCAGUGGUCCUCCACCCAGCCCGACUGGGUUGCCAUCGCCUUCUCCACCAAGCUCCAGAUACUCAGAGUUUGAGAGAGAGACACACAGAGGAACAAAGAAAGGUUCAUCUAUCUAUUGACCACUGUUAUCAUCUCACCAUCUGUUUACUGAUGUCAGGGAUUUCUCACCUUCAUUACUCAUCUGCUCCAGAUGGGAUAAAAUAGAACGAUGGUUUCUUACUUGAUUUAGAUUAGGGAUGAGCCAUAGGCCAGCUUGGUUGCUUCUCUGCUGUCAAGAUCUGAUCUUGCGAUCUUGCUUGCUUGUGGUCUGAUGUGUAAUUUGUUUAGCUGAUGACAUUGCUUGUUCUUAGAAGUACAUCUAAAGUUACCAUUGAUUAUCCCGGAAAUAUCAGUAGAUUAUAAAUUAAGAUUCGUGCAAAGGGCUGUCUAUUGGGAAUACUGCAUUUUCCUAAAGAUGGUUUGGGAUGGAACUGCUUGAUCAUGCACCUUCUGUAUGUUGACUUAGUAACAACAUCAAUUUAUUGUGUCUUCGCAUCUUUCAUGCUGAGAUU